AUGGGUUGGUUGCCGGGUCAAAUUAAAGAUGCCAUGGGUAUUGCGGUUGGGCUGGAAUUGAACUGCUCUGCAAUGCGGAAAGGAGUGAAAUGGUCCCCGGAAGUUGAUAUAUUUGCUUUCUAUCAGGUAUCCUGGUGGUACGGAUGGGCUGGAAUCGUCUGGACUGUCAAGUUGAUGCAUGGAUAUUAG